AUGUCACAAAAUCCAGUAAUUGAAGUAAUUCAAAAAUUACAAGAACCCAUGCCACAAUAUGUGCUGGGUCUCAUUCCUGUAAUCGUAACAUUGGGGGCAGCACCAUUUGAAUCUUUGGUACAUAAACUAAUCUGGAUUUUCAAAUGCAUUUCCACACCUUACACGGGUCUCUUUUAUUACUUGAACAUAAAAGAUAACCCAGUGGAAAUGUGUAUAUAUUGGCUCCCAGAAGAAUAUUUUGUUACAACAAAAGAAAAAAGGCUUGACUUCCAACCAGUUGGCCUUCAUGUUAAAGAUAUGCUGAUUACUUUGGAGCAAAAAAAAAUUUUUAAAAGCUGCACAGCAAAUGCAUCUGUGUUGGAUCGUUUGUCCUCGUUGGCAUCUGGAUAUUAUAUAACUGUUGGAAUAAUUGUAGGAAUUUCCGGUGUGGCGGGACAAUGUGAUAAUGGCAGUUGGCCCUUUUUAACUUGGUCCUUUCUUUGGACUAUUCCGGUGAUUGUUAGGAGAACAUUUGGAACAGGGAUAAUUGUAGUCAAGGAUCCUAAAAUAGAGUUAAAGGGUCACUUAAUAAGAGUGUUAGAAGAAAAUGAAGACAUGGACAUAGAAUUAGCCGUACAGGAUGAAAAUUUAGUCGACGAAGAAAAUUUGAAUGAUUUUCCCAUCCCCUCACCAAGUUACAAAAGACUAAGGUUUAUAAUUACUACUUUAUUCUCGGUAAUAAUACCAUGGAUGUCAGUAGGCAUGGCCUACUUCACUCCUCCAAUUGGAUUGUUUUGUAGAUCCAAAUAUCUUACAGCAGUGUGCUCAAUAUGGACAUUCAACAAUCUUGUAGCAUGCAUUUGCCACAUUAAUUUUGGAUAUGACUUUUUAAAAGGAAAAAAAAUGAAAAAAUUUAUUCACGCUUAUUUUGUUUCAUCUGGUUUUAUAAUAACAUUGCUUUUGCUUCUGCUGGUUGUGCUGUUCAAUGAAUCGUCAUUUUGGGUUGAUUUGUUUGGAGACGAGUGUAGAGGCAAUCUCUGCCUUUUUGAAAAUUUCAACACACAUGAUCAAACCCAAGCAUAG